AUGUCAAACAGGCCCAAAGAAAAAAGAGCUGUGAGAAAGCCUACGUUGAAUGGUGUGCCAGGAGAUUACAUCCUUCCGGUUGCGAUACGCGAUAGUUGUGGUCUAAAUCUCUUGACACUCAAUGCUAGAGAAUGGCCCUCCGUGGAGAAACUUGUGGAUGCCUACUUUCAAGAUGCAAAUGUUUGGUCAAGCUCUCAUUCGGAAUUGCACAAGCAGCUGUUGGAUGGAUUUGCUUGCCUUGAUCAUACCUCGGUAAGACCAUGUGUCAAAUCCUUUGCAAGACAAGUUCGUCUAUAUUUGCAAGCACCUUGUAUUGUCGAUGCCUUGAAGAAAUACUAUCAUUUCAAGGAAAGAAUUGCCACUCAACGCCAACAUGCCCUGCUAGCAGAAAUUGAAGGAGAUAUCACGGGCGCUGCUCUCUCGCAGCGAGGCGCAAAGAGAUUAUUAGAAGAAGACAACAACCAGGCUACCUCUUCCUCAACAAGACAACGAGUGCUGCUCUCAAUUCGUACAGAUACUCCUGAUGUAUCCGAGCUCUCUGGAGAUUCUGGUCAAAAUGAUGCCUUAGAUGGAAGCAACCAGUACGAAGAGCCUCUGCUUGAUCUCGAUGAGCCAGCCAAUAUCAGUCCCAGUGUGAAGAAAAGCCAAUACUCAUUCGUAUCAAAUGGAAAACGCUUCGACUAUCAUACACCCUCAAGAAACCUCGUAUCGCCCAAAAAACCUGUCUUAUCUCAAACUGAUCAUAGAUCCCUGAGCGAUUUGUUCGAAAUACGUCUCUCCUCGGGUACACAAGGCAGUUGCUCUCACGACACUGAAUCUCUGUAUGAGCAAUACCAAGACCAGCAGCACGCAAACAGUUGUUUAAAGACUCACACAGGGGCCAUUUCUUUCUUGACCACCGCUUUGGACCCUGACAAUUUCCUUGACACCAGCAAGCUUUGGGCAUUACCUGGUCAAGGCAAAUUCAUUGACAUGAUGCGCCACAUCCUCACCGAUUAUUACCAAACGUGCCGAAGAGCGUCACCUCUUGAUCUUAAUCAAGAGCGAACAUUCUUCUGUGAAUGCGUUGUACCGAUUUUUAGAAACUUUGGCGUUUUGAUUGGAGACAUUAGUGGUUCUUGGUGUGAGAAACAGCUCCUGGAAACAAAACGGGUGUGGCUCCCUUUGAAAGACUUUAGAGUAACAGGCAUAACAAGAAAGCUCCAUGAUGGCAUCCUGUCCAAUAAAGCAGAGACCAUUGCAAUCAUUCUAGAGUCGUCUGGAUCAGAACACAGCACUGCGCAUAUCAUCGAUGAUACCUACAAGCAGUUGAAAAGCACCAGCGACUUUUAUAAAUACCUGAUUAGCAAGUAUACAAUGGGCUCACUACAAACUCUUAUGGCCAUCAAAAUCCCCUGUGUGACAAUAAUUAGCAACUGCCUCACCCUCUGCCUCACAACCAUACACAAUGAACAUAAAUGGAAAUACGUUGAGGUUCGUUCAUGUGUUAUCCCUACCAACACUAAAGAAAGGAAAGCAUGGAUCAAAGCUUUCGAGUUUCUAGCCUGUCUUGAGGAUGUCGUGAAUUUGUCGCUGAAAUCAAUCGAACAACUGGAGAAUGAGUCCUUGGGUUACACUACCUUGGACUCUAAUGAAAUAUUGGUUAAAGAUUACUUGAUGUAA